CUCGUUAUAAACUAUGAACCCUGGACAAAUCUAGUUCUUGGGGCAAGAUAAAACCUUCAGCCCAAGAAAAUGUUUCCUGACAUGCACGUAACAACAGGGAUUAUAGGAAGUGUAGUCUGCUUUCUCCUCUAUGCAGCACCAAUAUUGACAUUCAAAAGAGUGAUAAAGAAGGGCAGUGUAGAAGAAUACUCAUGCAUACCAUAUAUCUUAACUUUGUUCAGCAGCCUCACAUAUACUUGGUACGGUCUUCCAGUAGUGAGCUCUGGAUGGGAGAACUGGACUCUCUCUGGAAUCAGCUCACUAGGAGUGCUCUUCGAAAGCACAUUUAUCGGUAUAUACAUAUGGUUUGCACCACGAGAGAAAAAGAAACUUGUCAUGAUGAUGGUAUCUCCAAUUCUAAUCAUCUUUGGCAUGGCUGUAUUUUUCACAAGCUUCUCCUUCCACACCCACCAAAUGCGUAAAGAAUUUGUUGGUAGCAUCGGUUUGGUGGCUUCCAUAUUAAUGUAUGGCUCUCCGUUGGUAGCUGUGAAACAAGUUAUCAGGACGAAAAGUGUGGAGUUCAUGCCUUUCUACUUGUCAUUGUUUAGCUUCUUGACAAGUUUACUCUGGAUGCUGUAUGGGCUCCUUGGAAAGGAUCCUUUUCUCACGGCACCAAGCUUCAUUGGCUGCUUAAUGGGUAUCCUUCAGUUGGUCGUGUACUGCAUUUACAGCAAAUGCAAGGAAGCACCCAAGACGAAUCCUGAUAUUGAGCAAGCAGAUGAACUGAAAGUUGUAACUAUCCAAGACAACACGAAGGGACAAAAAGCCAUAAUCUGAGACCUAAACUACCUUCUUGAGCAACAAACACAUUUUCUUUUCGCUGGACAGAGUGUCUCUUGUAACCACAUAAUGUGAAGAGAAAAUAAUAGUCUUCAGAUUAUUCAUA